AUGCAAUUCCCAGAAAAGCCUUCAUUUUUUUAUUUAAAUGAAUUAGAAUGUAGAUUGCUUGCUCCAAGACUUGCAUUUCAAAAAUUGAUGCAGGCUCCAAGAGGUAGACAACUAAAAAUUAAUGGAAAUAUUGUAAAUGUUCCAGCAGAUGUUGCUAAUACUGUUAACAUGUUACCAAGGUUACCAAAUGAAACAAGCACCAUUAAAGUAAACCUAAAAAGAAAGUUGCAAUACAAAAGUUCAGCUUUGUCACUUAAUGUUAGACCUAAUAAAGUAGCGGAGGCUGGCAGAUGGCUUGUAAAUAAUGGUAACCUUUAUAAAGAUGAAGGUAUAACUUUCAAUGACACUUGGCUUGAAGACAAUUCAAAUAAUUUGGUGUUUGAUGAUAAUUGUGAUGAUCAAAUAUCAGAGGGUUCAGAAAAUGUUGACUGUAAUGCAGACAAGACCCAGCAAAUAUUAACGUGUGAUGAUGACAAUAACUGGAGUGAAGAUGAGGCAGAAAUGCCUGCUGGAAUCACUGACACUAUGUUAACAUCUCCAGAUUUUCUCACUGAUAAUGAACGUCAGCAUAUUUUGAAUCUUGCACCUGGUGAAGGCAAUAGGCCUAUGAGUAUUUUUAGGGAUAAGUAUUCAGAGGAAUUAGCCUAUCCUGGUAUAUUUCUUGGACAGAAAAGACCAGACAAUACAAAAAGACUAACCAAAGUCCAUUAUAGUGAAAUUUGUAAAUCUGAAUUAAGAAGGUCUGACCGAAGGUCUGCAAUGUGUGUGGAAAAUCUUCUUUAA